ACAUGUUUUAAAUUUCUGCAAAGUUUGGCCAAUCAGAUUCUUAUAAACAGACCAAGUAUGCACGACGGUGUAUUUUCUUUUCUUUCUUUUUUUUCAUUGCAAUAAAGAGGAUGACAAAGACAUGACAUAACAAUAAGGCACACAAGGUCAAGUAAAUACAGUAAAUAACGACGGUGUAUUUUCAAGUACCUGCACAUCUGUAUUAUGACAUCACAGCAGCUGAUUAUCAACGUUCCAAACGUCCCAUGGUAACUGCGAUAAACAUACGAAAUUGAUCAUUUCUGAAAAGCGUUUCUAUGAAUCAGCUGCGUUUUGAUUUGCGAUGUUUGAGAACUACCGGUAAAUGAACUUCAUGACCGUAUAGAGCCCAGUAUGGCUCGAGGAGCAGAGGGUGACUGCCCUGAGCAGCACCCCAAGAGCAAGAAGCGGAAGCGGGCACGUGCACUGAAGCUCUGGUUCUUCAGCUUGUUCCUGUGCUGCGUCAAAGCCCCCGUUGAGGACAAUGUGGAGGUGGGAGAGAUCCCCCAGAAGACCCACAGCGUCCCCAACACCACGACCACUGCAAGCCCUGACAACCCCCAGAAGGCUCUAACCCGCCAGGAGAUUAGGAGGAGGGUGAAGGUGGGAAAAGCCAGGUGGGAAGAACAGAGGAGGAAGAAGAAGAGGGCCUGGUAUUCUCGCCUUUUGCCAAAACUAAAAAUGCCUAAACUAAAACUCCUGAUCAUUCCCAAAAUCACAAGUCUUCCCAAAGCCACCAAAUGUGUUAAGAAAACUGUGAAACCACCAAAGAUAAAGAAAAUCCAAGACGUUUCGACCACGACUCGACCACACAUAGAUGACUGUGCCACCAAAGGAAACCAAAGUCCCAAGGAAAAGUCUGCGCCACACUACCAAGAUGACUGGCCCAAAGAACCAACAGCAACACCUAACACCACCAAGGAAGAGAGUGAGGCCUGCCCAGGGAUAGUUGUGGAGAAGAUGAAAAAGGACCCUAAAAGGCUUAUCGAUCAUACCGACCUCGAGAAAACUCUAAAAGCCAUGGAGGCGGUUGCAAACCUUGCUACUCGGACAGAGCUUCCCCAGAUGCCAGAGCGAUCCAAACGAGUUGUUACCUUUGAGGAGGCCACUCAAGUGUGCAGCAAGGUAGUGACAAAAAAACAAACCAAGAAAGACCUGGAGUGGCACUCUGAGGCAAUUCAAGGAUGCAACAAGGUGGUCGCGCGAAGAAAACAAACCAAGAGAGACCUGGAGAGCCACCCAGCUUUACCCAGAGCCUGGAGGGACCAAAUCAGAAGAGCCGUAAAGAGCAAUGUUGAACCAGGUUGCCUGCCCUUCCAAAAGAGAUCCUUUGAUUUCAUGACACACAUCAGCCAGCUGCUUGUGGUCAUCAUGAUUCUUGUCUUUGCCUGGGUCUGUGCCAGCACCCUCAGCAGCACUGGAGAAAGUCAUUCACCCAACACGACCAACUGAACACUGUGCUGAAAUAUGUCUGCAAUCAAACAACACCAGCUGAACCUACCGGUACUUGAAGAAUC